CCGCUAACAACAAGUGCAUCAAUCGUCUUUCCAUCCAACUGUGUAUACAACGAUCAAUUCCAAGACUGGCUUCCUGAACUCUCUUUACUUAUUUCUUUUCUCUCUCUUUCUCAAUUAAACAUGACUUCUUCCUCGUCCUCAUCGCCAGAAAUGCACCCUGCUCCUCCGGUAGACUCCGCUGAACGCUUUUCCUAUAAACUUGCAACACAUGAAGAGGUCCUUGAAGAUCUAUCUAGUCGCUUUCUUUUAAAUCUCCCAGAGGAAGAACUAUCGUCUCUUGAGCGGAUAUGUUUCCAGGUGGAGCAAGCGCAUUGGUUCUACGAAGACUUCAUCCGAGAACAAAAUCCCAAAUUUCCAUCGCUACCGCUGAAGAAAUUCUCCGCAAUGCUUUUCCAAGCUUGUCCUCUGCUACACCAGUGGAGUCACGAUCAUGAACAAGCCUUCAAUACCUUCAUGCAAUACAAGACUAGAGUCCCUGUAUGCGGCGCAAUUAUGUUAAACGACACCUGGGAAAAGUGUAUCCUUGUCAAGGGGUGGAAGUCGUCUUCUGGUUGGGGCUUUCCAAAGGGUAAGAUAAACGAGAGCGAGCCUACCCAUGAGUGUGCCAUUCGAGAAGUGCUUGAGGAGACUGGUUAUAAUCUGGCAGGUCAGCUGGUUCCUGCAAACGUAAUUGAAAUGUCGAUCAAGGAGCAAUGGAUUUCUCUCUUUGUGGUACCCGGAGUCCCGGAAGACUUUCCUUUUAAAACUCGAACCCGCAAAGAGAUAAGUCGGAUCGAGUGGUUCAAGUUAACUGAUCUUCCAACCUGGAGGCGGAACAAAGCCGCACCGGGAAAGUUUUAUUUAAUUUCCCCCUUCAUCGCAUCGCUGAAGGCAUUCGUCACUGCCAACAAGCCUCGAGCCAUGGAGGGGCGAGUUCGGAGGAUUGGAGGCUACACGAGUACGGAUAAUUGCACACAUGAGUCUAGCUCAUCUUCGGCGGAUAAUGGCGAACCGCAGACGCCGUCUCCUCAGUAUAGCGAGGCACUUCCUGCGACAAACCGUCGUGUGGCUGCCCACGAAUCCGAUGACGAGCAAGCUGUCGAUCCUGAACACAUGGACCCGCAUUUUGCUCGUCUACUCAGUUCUCUGACGCUUUCGGCUGUCAAGCAAGACGAUUCAAAGCCUCAGCUUGUUCUUCCGCCAGUUAAAUCGCCUCUCUCGGUACUCGCUCACAACGCGACACCACUAGCCAAGCAGAAUAUUGUUGAUUGGUCUUCUCGUGUUUCUGCCCAGUCAGAAACUCCUGGUGUGAUGUCUUCUCCGCCUCCGAAACAACGGCCCUCGAACGUGACAUCGUCCUCCGCACAUUCCCUUCGGGUUUCCCAAUCUUUGAGCAUGCAGGCUUCCUUUAUCGAGUCAUCCACACUACCAAGUUCACCUGCUCAUGAUCCUGGAACUCCUUCAUCAGGAGCCCUUUCGACCGCCUCGUUAUCCGCUGCGUCUGCCGCAUCGUCUACUUCAUCCUUGGCUUCCUCUCGAAAGGUCCCAUUGUCGUCAAGACGUACGUCGAGCACUGCCGACAUAUCACCCUACCUUCCGCGCCUGACUGAGGUUCCUGCCUCAGGCAAGAUGUUGAGGCAGCUGGCCCUACUGGAAUCAGUGGCCGAUGAGUCUUCACGCAUGACCCCUACUCUGCCCAGUAGGGAGUUACCCUCUGGCGCCCGUCGUCCGGGUCCGUCAGCUUCCGUUCCACCAUCUACGCACUAUCCGCAAGCUGACUUUCGCCCAUUAUUUGGACAUAUGUCAUCAAUGCCAGCUGAAUAUUAUCUCACACCUACUUCUCAGCAAGCCAGCACAGGGUACCCUCAGCCGCCGCUUGUUGAUGACAUUUUUCAAUUUACCACCCACGACUAUUCCCCUCGGAAUGUCCAACAAAAUCAGUUGUUGUCACUGCUGACAGGCCCCCCAUCCCUUCCUGUCGGAAUGCCACACACUUCUCAUCCACAUUCCUCCUACUUGCAAGGCUACUCUACAGUCCAUAAUUAUCAAGCCCAUCCUUCCGCACUCUUCCCCCCCGCACAUCAGGGCGCGGGUCCUCAUAUGGUAACCGGUUUCCCUACUGGGAUGCCCCCAGUCAGUGCUCAAAUCGCAUCUACUCGAUUCUCUGCCAUCACACCAUCAGCCCAUACGUUACAAUCAACUUUCCUCCCACCGCCAAUCACUUCGCGAACCCCUGUGACCAACAGCGCUCAGUUACUUUCACUUCUAAACGGUAAUAAACAUGCACCGGCACCAGCCCCCGUUAAUGCUGGCCAUAGAUGA